UAUACAGUACCAACUAGAAAGUCCAGUCCGACCAAACGAGAUGUCACAGGAGCAUGACAAUAAGCGGGCAGUCCUUGUGCUACAGAAUGAUCCUGCCUACAACCAGAGGCGUGCCUUUACCAGUGAGGAUGAGGCCUGGAAGUCCUUCCUGGAGAACCCUCUCACCGCCGCCACAAAGGCCAUGAUGAGCAUCAACGGAGAUGAGGAUAGUGCAGCAGCUCUGGGACUGCUUUACGAUUACUACAAGGUGCCACGGGAAAAGAGGACAAUAUCCCAGCCAAAGACUGACAUCCUCAGCUCUGAUGUGGAUCCCAACAAAAGGAACCUGAUGGCUCCCCUCCCAGAAACCCCCAUGACAUCAGCUGACAACAGGAUCCAGGUUCUUAAAGGUGUCCCCCUGAACAUUGUGCUUCCCAGCAACCAACUGGUGCAGGAUAAACGGCAGCUCUUCCCCUCGCCGGACACCACUGUCACGGUAUCCAUCGCUGCUGUCCCCAACUACCCCGUGAAGACUGAAGGGCCCUCGCAUGGAUUCUCAGUCACUGUGCCAAACCCCCACUGUACCGAGUCUGACAGCCAUGCCGUGGUAUUUGAGAGGCAGCUUGCUCACAGCCAGUUCAGCCCCAACACACAGCCCCGCACGCCUGACUCCACCUUCCCAGAAACCUUCAAGGACGGGGCUCAAGAGGUGUUCUCGUUCCCAGGGGAUCUCCAGUUACGCAUGGCCUCCAUGGCGCAGGAGGACUAUGCCACUUUCGACGCUGUGUCAGGAAAUAACUUUGAAUACACACUGGAAGCUUCAAAGUCCCUCCGGCAGAAGUCUGGUGAUGGCACGAUGACAUAUCUCAACAAGGGCCAGUUCUACCCCAUCACCCUAAAGGAGACAGACAACAGCAAAGUCCUGCAUCACCCUAUCUGCAAAGUCAGGAGUGUCGUGAUGGUGGUGUUUGGGGAGGAGAAAUGCAGGGAUGACCAGCUCAAACACUGGAAGUAUUGGCACUCCAGGCAGCACACAGCCAAGCAGAGGUGCAUCGACAUCGCUGACUACAAGGAAAGCUUCAACACCAUCAGCAACAUUGAAGAGAUCUCUUACAACGCUAUCUCCUUCACAUGGGACAUCAAUGAGGAGGCAAAGAUCUUCAUCUCCGUCAACUGUCUGAGCACAGACUUCUCCUCCCAGAAGGGGGUGAAGGGUCUUCCCCUCAACCUGCAGAUCGACACAUACAGCUACAACAACCGCAGCAACAAGCCAAUUCACCGUGCCUACUGCCAGAUCAAGGUGUUCUGCGACAAGGGUGCAGAGCGCAAGAUUCGCGAUGAGGAGCGUAAGCAGUCGCGCAGGAAGGGCAAAUGCGCUGACGUGAAUCCGAACCUGGCGGCCUUUGCAGACGUCAAAGUGCCCCUCUUGCACAAGCGCAGUGACAUCACCACCUUUAAGAUGAUGACGGACUUGGAGACGCAGCCUGUCCUCUUCAUCCCAGACAUCCACUUUGCCAACUUCCAGCGUCAUCCUUUCUCAUCUGAGGACGGAGAAGACAGCUCAGGGAUGAAGAGAUUACCCUUCUCAGAAGACGAGUUCGGCUCACCUCCUGGCAAGCUGGCCAGGGUGGAUGAACCGAAGAGAGUCUUGCUCUAUGUGCGGAAGGAGAGUGAGGAGGUCUUUGAUGCCCUCAUGCUGAAGACUCCCACAUUGAAGGGACUGGUAGAGGCGAUUUCUGAGAAGUAUGAAGUUCCUCUUGAGAAACUGGGCAAGGUCUAUAAGAAGUGCAAGAAAGGGAUCUUGGUGAACAUGGACGACAACAUCAUCAAACAUUACUCCAAUGAGGACACCUUCCAGAUCCAGAUGGAGGAGUUGGGGGGAAUGGUGAAGCUGACCCUCACUGAGAUUUGAAUAGCCUUCAGGUUCAUCCCCCACUGGACUUGUUUACAUGCCUCUGUCUCUGUCUGCAUGGCCUUGGAGGUACCUCAGGCCUUCCUCUAUGCACUUAUUCAUGUUUUCCUGUGUGUAGCCUAGACCUUCCUUUCUGAGCCUUCCUCCAUAUAUUCCUUUGUGUAUGCAUGGCUAAUGACAUAUGUUAAGUUUAUGCUAAUCUAUGCAAAGUGUGAGUCAAAUAAUGACUUGAGAACAUGUGAGUUGUAUGUGAGGACUUUUAAUAUCUUGAUUGAAACAACUCUGAGAUUGUGAGCCAUUUGUUUUUUAAGGUAUAGCAAAACAGAAAUCUAUGGAUUUUCAAUAGUUACUACUACCAAACAACUGUUACUCCAAAGGCAGAUGCCCUCUUGAUAAUUUAUCUGUGUUAUUUAUCUCUGAGACCCACAGUAAUGGAGAUCUUAAUCUUUAAAUAAGAGAGCUGAAUGCACACAGUAAAUGGGGCCAAAUGCAAGUCUUCCUGUAAAUGGAGGGAUUCUGGGGCAUUGUUAUUGGUUUCUGUAUUUAUACAAAAACACUGAACAGUAUUUAGUGUGUACAACAUAACCCCGAGCUCAUCAACUCUAAGAGGUACUGUGUCACCAGUGUUGUUUGUGUGUGUCUGUGUGUAUAGGAGUGUGUAUUGUGUUUUUGUGUACAAAAGGGUUAGGAAAAAUCACUUCAUGCAAAAAAGCAGGUAAUCUGUCUUAAAGCUGAGUUCUGCAGUUCUUGCAUGUUGUGGAGGAGAGUUAUGAGCCGAAUACACUGAUGGAUUAAACAAGUAAAAACUUACUUUUGAUAGCAGUCAAACACAUAAUAUUUAAUGAUAUCCCAUUUAUGGAGUGAAAUAACUGACAUAAUGUGCAUGAUUUGAAACUAAAUUGUUUUGCGGUAAUCUUUACCUGUUUUAGAAUUGCUAAAAUGGCACCACGGUUACCCAAGAACCAGUAUUUGAUGGGGCCGGAUAAAUGUACAUAUUGUACAUGUUAGUGCUUUUGGUCUUGCUUUGUUGUUGUCAGAAAGCAUCUGAUGUCAUCAAACCAAAAAACUAGACUCCAAGGCAAGAACUUCUAAAUGCAGAACUCUAAGUCAAGAGUAUUACAUUUUAAAAUGUCUAACAGGUUAUUCAUUAUCCAUAAAUCUAUGCCCUCUCCAAUUUCUUGUUUUAUUUUAUAAUCUAUUAGUCAAUUAUUUUCAAUUAAGUUUUAAAUUCAAACUGUAUAGCAUCAGGGUUAUUUUUAAAAAUUGUUUUUCUAACUUACUUAUCCACUUUUGUAUCAAAGUACUUAUUAACUAAAUAGCUAUUUAUUGAUGUAUUGGGAUGGGUUAUUUUUACAUUGUUCUGCAUACAAAAUACUAAUUGAUAUUAUACUGUUCUGUAAUGCAUUGAAUGUUUGUUUGUUUGUUUGUUUGUGUUUGUUUGUUUUUAUAUGAAAUCAGUAUAAAGCAUUCUCAAAAUAUAAUGUAUUUAUACAAAUGGUAGAAAUAUUGUUUGUUGUCCUGUUAUUAUUUCCUACAGCAGCAUUUUCCUCUUGAUCCUUAAAGGUGCAUCAUCUAAGAGCUGAUGUUAAGGUCGUGUGGCAACUAAUUACAAUUUAACAAAAUAAUAGUUCAGAUGCUGUACAACCUUAGAUAUUAGCAAAUUUGCUCUUGUAUUAUAUGCACACAUUUUCUUCAAGUCAAAAUAAAA